GUGGGUGGGGUCGGCACAGAAUGGGUUAAGCUCGCGGGGGAAGUUUGGGGCUCCAGGCCCAGGGGCGGAUCUUCGGGCUUCCUCCCUCCUGGUCCAGGGGUGCAACUGCUGUGGAGGUGGCUGAUGCAGCCAGAGGUGACCCUGAGAUCCAACCUGGCCAAGCUGACGCUGGAUCCUGCACGCCAGCCAGAGGAGACCCCAGCCCCCAACCUGGCUGAGCUGACCCUGGAGCCUGUGCACUGCCGACCUGAGCUCCUGGAUGCCUGUGCCGACCUCAUCAAUGAGCAGUGGCCCCGCAGCCGUGCCUCGCGCCUGCACUCCCUGGGCCAGUCCUCAGACGCCUUCCCCCUCUGCUUGAUGCUGCUGAGCCCCUGUCCCACGCCCGAGGCAGCCCCCAUUGUGGUGGGCCAUGCCCGCCUGUCACGGGUGCUGGACCGGCCCCAGAGCCUCCUAGUGGAGACAGUGGUGGUGGCCCGGGCCCUGAGGGGCCGUGGCUUUGGCCGCCGCCUCAUGGAGGGCCUGGAGGCCUUUGCUCACGCCCGGGGCUUCCGCCGGCUACACCUCACCACCCAUGACCAGCUACACUUUUAUGCCCACCUGGGCUACCAGCUGGGUGAGCCUGUGCAGGGCCUGGUCUUCACCAGCCGGCGGCUGCCCACCACCCUGCUCAAUGCCUUCCCCAGGGUUCCCUUUCCCCGGCCACCUGUCAAGGCCACUAGCCUGAGUGCCCAAGCUGCCCCAAGAGCCCCAAAGGAGCCAUCAUUGCCACCACCCCCUCCCCUGCCUGAGCCCUUGACCACCUUACCCCGACCUCCAGCAGGGCCCCCUCCACAAAGCCUGCUGGAAACACAAUACCACGACCUGAGAGGAUGCCCUGUGUUCUGGAUGGAAAAAGACAUCUGAGGACUACCCAGUGCAAGACACUGUCUUUCCGGGUCAGUUGACUGCCCAGGACAGUACCAGCCUCAGCCCACUGGCCAUCCUCAGCUUCUAGGUUCUGGGGGCAGCUUUGGCCUGGGCACAUUUCCCAAGUGCCAGUGGGGCCAGGAGAUGGCUCCAUGGCUGUAGCUCAGAGCUCUCAGUGUGGCUGAAUAAAGGCUUCUCUUGGGUGUGGC